CGACUUUUGUCAUGUGAUCGUUCCCUAUUUAUGUUAAUAUCAGUGAUACUGUCUCGAAAUCUUGUGGCAAAACAAUAACAAACUGUAUUUUACGUGUAUUGAAUCGUAUGAAUUUUUAGUGCAUAACUAAGAAGGGUGGUACAAGAAUAAACAGCAGUAUAUAUUUUUUUGUCUGUAACAGUUUUUGUUAAACCUGGGGAAAGGUUAAAUUACUACAACAUCAAGAUCAGAAUAUUUUUUGAGUCAAUGUUGUUGGCUAGGAAAAAUAUUUUGCUGACGAAAGUCAUGGUCGUUUAGUUUGAGGGUGGUGAAUAUACUAUGUAAUCCUGUACAUUAAGGAUUGUUAUUGAUGUUCAAAGUAUGCAAACCAAUGAAUCCUCAUAUUAAACUUUAUUAUUUAUAUGAACUAUAAAGUGAAUCCGUAAGCAUAUACGGAUUCUAAUAUAUUUUCCCGUUUGGAAUUAUCCAAAUUAAAUUUAAUCAUCAAAUGAAUUUUAUUUAAAUAUUUAAGAUUUUAAAACUUCACAUAGACUAAACUAUUUAGAAGAAAAGCAAACUGGAGAAUCUGAGUACAUUGAACUAUUCUCGGAAAUAAAACUAACUCAAUGGAUAGAAUAAUAAAACAAGAACCAAAUCAAGAAAUGGGUCCUUCAUCAGCUUCAGUACCAAUACCAGGAGGACACAGAAGUACCAGGGGUGUAUAUGAACAAUUUUCACCAUCGCCAUUAACAUCAAUGUGGCCAAAUAGAUCAGACCACAUAGAAUCAUCAUUUAAAGCAGAUGCUGAUCAGUUAGAUGAUUUUUUUAAAACAGAAAAGUGGGAAGAUGAUGACAUACUACAAGUGGAUAAAGCAGAUCUUAUUCAAGGACCUACACUUGCUGAAUUAAAUGCAAAUGAUGAUACUCUUCUUGGAGAUUUAAAUUUUGACGACUUACUUUUGCCAGAAGAGAGAGUUCAACCGUUUAAAACGGAUGCUAACGUAGUUCAAUCGGUUGGACCGUUGUUUAACGAUAACAAUGUUGCAUUUGCUCCAAGUAGUUUUCCACAAUCUGGAUCAACAUAUCGUAAUAUUUGUCCUACGUAUAUAAAUGCACAUGGAUUCAAUUUGAAUAUAAAUAUCAAUGUUACUGACAAUUUGGAGACAAUUAGUCCUAAUGCUUUUCCAAGUCCAGGAGCCAGUAACAUUGCAGGUAGUUCAACUGCAAGUUCUUCAACAUCUCUACAGCCUACAAAUAAACCUAAUGGACAGUCUGCUCUUCAUGAAUUGUUAAUGAGACGAUGUGAAAAUUCUUUUGAUAAUUCUAUUCAUGGUCAGAUGGAUGUUGGAUGUGCAAAUAAUAAGUCAAAAGUUUCUAGACUAUCUAUGUCUGCACCAACUCGAACAAUGGCACUAGACCAAAUUUGGGCUCGUAGAGAACCACGUCCACAUUUAUUAAGUACUGGGAGCCUUGGUGUUGUUGAAGCUGGUUCAACAAGUAGUUUAAGUACUGGGGGUGCACUUAGCCCAGAUCCACUUUAUCAUAUUGAUCCCCCUAGUCACGAUGAAGGUUAUGAAGAUAGUGAUGAUGAUAGUGACCACUAUGAUGAUUAUAGUAGUGAUAACGAUACAGGUGGUAGUGAUGGUGAAGAUCAAAAUACUGGAAGUAGAAUGGGAAGUGGAAGUGUGGAUUCAAAUCGAGAUAAUAAACAUAUUAAAAAAGAACGAUAUUUUUGGCAAUAUAAUGUUCAAGCAAAAGGGCCAAAAGGACAAAGGCUUGUUGCAAGAACGCGUCUUGAAGAUCCACAUAUUUUAAAUGAAGCCACGGAUCCUGUUUUUAGCCCUCAUUGUGCCCUUCGUGGAAUUAAACACAGUGGAAAAGCUCGAAAAGGCGAUGGAAACGAUCUUACUCCAAAUCCACGAAAAUUGUAUAGUAUUGGUCGUGAAUUGGAUAAAUUAUCUCGUAUUAUUAAUGAUAUGACGCCAGUUUCUGAGUUACCAUUUACAGCAAGGCCCAAAACACGUAAAGAAAAAAACAAACUUGCAUCAAGAGCAUGCCGUCUAAAGAAAAAGGCUCAACAUGAAGCAAAUAAAAUAAAACUACAUGGCUUAGAACAGGAACACAAACGUUUAAUUCAAGGUAUAUGCCAGGCUAAGCAAACUCUUGCUGCGAAACUAACAGAACCUAAUCCUGAAAAUCAAGAAGAGUUAACGCGUCAAAUGGAAAAAUACUGUAAAUUGGCUACCAAGAUACGAAUAGCAAAUCAUUCGACUGAAUUUGUCAAUAAAGUAUUGGAUAAAGUACGUUCUGGUGUCCCUGAUGGUGGCAUUGAUGAUUUCUAAUACACACCAGUUGUUUGUUAGAAAUGUUCAUAUGUGCGCAUAAAAUAUGCGAGGAGGAAACGAUGUGUAUAGAAUAUUAAAUUCAUCGUAAAUUAUGAAUUGAAUGCUUCACAUGGAAAUCGAAACCAAAAAUAGAAAGUAAGAAUAUUAAUAAUUUGAUUUUAAAUAUAUUUAUAUUAUUUAAAAUCAGUUAACAAACAAUAGAUAAUUAUUAUCAGUGUUUUGUAGGAUUGGUUGCAAAUAAUUUUAUAAUAUAGCAUACAUUUGAAUUUUAUGUAAGAGAAUAUUAUUUUGUGAUGCUAUUUACCAAGUGUGCAGAUAUUGGUUGCACAUUUCUUUUAUAUACAGUUAUAUACGUUGCACAUUAGAUUUUGCUUAAAGCUGUGAUAAUUUUGUUAAAUAAUUAUCAAUAAAUUUUUUUAUAGAAUGUAUGUAGUCUAUAUGAAAGCAGUACAAAAGUUCAAUUAUUUAGAAUAUUAAUUUAAUUGAAUAAUUUGAAUAAUUUGAAAUGUACCAUCGAUUCUCUCUCGCUAAGACGCUGCAUUCCUAUUUCCUAUUUCUGCUUUUUUCUCUUUCAUUAGAUGUAUAUACUUUGUGUACGUUUUGUAUAUGUGCGUAUGUGUAUACAUAUAUGCAUAUGAAGUAAAAAACAAAGCGCUAAUAUUGCAAUAUUAUUCCAUAUAAUUAUUAUGAAAUAGAGUGAAAUGUGGAAAAAAAUUCCCGUCUUCUUUUCUUUUGUCUUUAAAACACAAAAAGAAAAUAAAACAAAAAAAUUAAAGUACAUUUUCUAUGGCAAUAUGAAUUUUUGUUU